AUGGAGGUGGCUCCCGAGCAGCCGCGCUGGAUGGCGCACCCCGCCGUGCUGAACGCGCAGCACCCCGACUCGCACCACCCGGGCCUGGCGCACAACUACAUGGAGCCGGCGCAGCUGCUGCCGCCCGACGAGGUGGACGUCUUCUUCAACCACCUCGACUCGCAGGGCAACCCCUACUACGCCAACCCGGCCCACGCGCGAGCGCGCGUCUCCUACAGCCCGGCGCACGCCCGCCUGACCGGAGGCCAGAUGUGCCGCCCGCACUUGCUGCACAGCCCGGGGCUGCCCUGGUUGGACGGGGGCAAGGCGGCGCUCUCCGCGGCUGCCGCACACCACCACAACCCCUGGACCGUGAGCCCCUUCUCCAAGACGCCCCUGCACCCCUCGGCCGCAGGAGGCCCCGGGGGCCCCCUGUCCGUGUACCCAGGGGCCGGGGCUGGGGGCGGGGGCGGCGGCAGCUCGGUGGCCUCCCUGACCCCUACCGCAGCCCACUCUGGCGCCCACCUCUUCGGCUUCCCGCCCACGCCCCCCAAGGAAGUGUCUCCGGACCCCAGCACCACUGGGGCUGCCUCGCCGGCCUCCUCCUCCGCAGGGGGGAGCGCCGCCCCCCGGGGGGAUGACAAGGACAGCGUCAAGUACCAGGUGCCGCUGGGAGAGAGCAUGAAGAUGGAAGGCGGCAGCCCCCUGCGUCCGGGCCUGGCCGCCAUGGGCACCCAGCCUGCCACUCACCACCCCAUCCCCACCUACCCCUCCUACGUGCCAGCCGCCGCCCACGACUACGGCAGCGGGCUCUUCCAUCCCGGAGGCUUCCUGGGUGGCCCGGCCUCCAGCUUCACCCCGAAGCAGCGGAGCAAGGCCCGCUCUUGCUCAGAAGGCCGGGAGUGUGUCAACUGCGGGGCCACGGCCACCCCUCUGUGGCGACGGGACGGCACGGGCCACUACCUAUGCAACGCCUGCGGCCUCUACCACAAGAUGAACGGGCAGAACCGGCCGCUCAUCAAGCCCAAGCGGAGGCUGUCGGCUGCCAGGAGAGCAGGCACCUGUUGCGCAAAUUGUCAGACGACCACCACCACCUUAUGGCGCCGGAACGCCAACGGGGACCCCGUAUGCAACGCCUGUGGCCUCUACUACAAGCUGCACAAUGUGAACAGGCCGCUGACCAUGAAGAAGGAAGGCAUUCAGACCCGGAACCGGAAGAUGUCCAGCAAGUCCAAGAAGAGCAAGAAGGGGUCUGAGUGCUUCGAGGAGCUGUCCCGGUGCGCGCAGGACAAGGCCCCCCCCUUCAGCGCCGCCGCCCUGGCGGGACACAUGCCGCCCGUGGGCCACCUGCCGCCCUUCAGCCACUCCGGACACAUCCUGCCCACCCCGACGCCCAUCCACCCCUCCUCCAGCCUGUCCUUCGGCCACCCCCACCCGUCCAGCAUGGUGACCGCCAUGGGCUAG